AUGUUGGGUAACGUGACGUCAUAUACACAAAGAUCUGAAAAGAAAAACCCGCUUUGGACUGGUGUAAUACUAGGUAGGCAAAUGGUUACUUUUGUUAUGAUGAUGGCCAGGUGUGGAAGAAAACUGACAACAUGGACCGAUUUCAACCUGUUGGAACAGGGCGUAGUUCAGGUUGACGAUGUGGAUGAGGAUGAGACCACCGCACUUCAAAUGGCGGCCGCAAACGGCCAGGAGCAGGUCGUCCGGUUACUUUUGAUGAAAGGGGCUGCCCUGGACAAAGCUAACAUGGCUGGUUGGACACCGUUAAUGCAAUCCUGUCGACAUGGACAUACAAACGUUGUAGCCCUAUUGCUGCAAAACAAGGCUGAUAUUAAUGCCCUCAACCGGCUAGGAGCUUCUGCUUUGACAAUCGCAUCUCGAGGUGGGCAUCUACAGAUUGUUCGCCUUUUGUUGGAUUCAGGAGCUGAAUCCAACCGACAAGGUAAAGACUGUGAAAUCACCCCUUUGAUGUCUGCUGCUCAAAAUGGCCACGAUUCUGUUUUGCGUCUCCUUCUUGACAGAGGGUACGAAGUAAAUUACCAAACACCAUCCAAUGGACUUACUCCACUUAUGGCUGCGGCUCAAAAUGGACACAUGACAACAGCACAGGUACUUAUUGAAAGGGGAGGGGACCCAAAUUUGACUGACAUCAACAACAGAACAGCUCUGGAGAUAGCCACGAUUCGAGGAAAACGUGAGGUGCGAGGCUACCUUGACAGAAAGACCACAAACAAACCAAAAGUCUCUCCGGAAGAAGUAAAACCAGAUAUAAUUGAUGCUGCAAAACAUGGUGAUCUUGAACGAAUUAACAAAAUUGUAAAGGAAGAUAGGAUGCAGGUUAAUGCUUGUUCACCACAAGAUGGAGCAACUCCACUGAUGUUUGCUGCAAUGAUGGGACGGCUGGACAUUGUCCGGUACUUAGUAGACAAAGGUUGUGAUAUCAAUAUGCAGGACACCAUCAGUGGUUGGACAGCACUAAUGCAAGCUACAUACCAUGGCCAAAAAUCUGUUGCUCUUUUUCUUGUCAAUGAUGCUAAAGCUGAGGUCACCUUGCAAGCUAAAAAUGGAUGUACAGCAUUUGACAUGGCUUCUCUCUUAGAUGAUGUUGACACAGAACUUUUGCGUUUGCUGGCAGAGAAGACAAUGAAAGUUAAUCAACGCCAAGGGAAAGGCAAAAAACCAUUGGUUAAACAAAAUGGUUCCACUCCAGACUACAGUGAUGAUGAUGAUCCUUCACGAAAUGGUUUAAAAGCAUGGUGGAGUCGAAUGUCAAACCGAUUCCGUAACCUCAAACUUGGACGAACUAAUGGCUCCCCGCAUUUUGCCACUGUUCAUUUCACUUAUGAUUCAGAACAAGAACACCAAAAAUUACCUGAUAUACCAAUAGUUGACCAAAGACUUCCAGCUGCCCCUAUACAAAGCCAGCAAAUAAUUGACUUUAACAGUUAUGAGACAAUGCUUCAAGAAACCAAGAGAAGUGCUACAAUGUGUACCCAGGACUCGAGCCCAGCACAUUCCAAUACGUGUGAAACACUGAAGCCAGUUGUUCCUCCAUUUUUACCUCCUCCAACAUUUGGUUUGGAUACUUCUGAUGCCAGCCAUCGUAGACCAUGCAGUGGACGAAGAACUGCCCCUGUCUCUCCAGUUCUUACUAAUUCUAAUUUGUCUUCCGGACGCUGGGUGGCAGGUCCAUCAAAAUUUGUCCACAACCGGUCAAUGGGUAACUUAAGUGUCCACCAAGUGAACAGCCAGUCUCCAGCAGCACUACCCACCUACCUUCCGCCAGCCUCUUCUCUGGGUGUCUCUGGAACUGCCUCUUCCUCGAACCCUUCAAUCUCUGGUUACAAGAAAUGUUUUCAGCCUUCUCAACCUUCAACUAAUUAUAGCAACAUUACCUCAGUAGCAUCUUCAUCAGUGGACACCCCUGGAGCCACUGUAGCACCCUCUUAUGCUGUAGGGACCAGACUGGGGAUAGGAGCAGGAGGAGGAAGUUUGGUAGCACCCCCUUCUAGUCGAACUGGAACAGGAUCCGUUGUAGGAGGAAGUGUUGGGAAUCCAGAACAUGUAGGAAGUGAAGGCAAUUUACUAGGAACAGUGGAUUAUCACCAGCUUGAUUUAAACCUCAUCUGGUCCAAAUAUGUUUCAAACCGUCCUACCUAUACCCCGACUCAACGUCUCUACAGCAAUAAACUUCCUGUGGGAUUAUCAGCAUUGCGCAAUGCAUCCAAUACCACAUCUCCUGACAGCUCUACAAGUGGUAGUUCCUCCAUGACACCACAUCGAUCAUCCCAUGGAAGAAGUACUUCCACACUGACCCCAUCUGCAUCCCCAACACCUGGAAAGACUGAGGAGGAAGCCUGUGCUGAUUAUGAUAAGAAGAAUGUUGGAUCAGAAGAUGAAAUUUCAGGAAUUCUACGAAAGCUUUCUUUAGAACGAUAUCACCCUAUAUUUGAAGAACAAGAGGUUGACAUGGAGGCAUUUCUUACUCUAACUGAUCGGGACCUAAAAGAGUUAGGAAUCUCCCACAAUGAGUCCAGGCGACAGAUUUUAGCGGCAAUUACAGAACUAGAAACAGGAAAGGGCCGAGAACGUCAGCAAUUUCAUGAGACACUGGCAUCUUUUCAGAAAGCUCGUAAUUUGUCGGAAACAGGCAAUAUUCAUCCAUUAAAGUACUGA